AUGAACGCGAACGCCGCGCGCGCGAGGAAGGCCCCGGUCGUCGCCGCGGCGGCGGCGGCGGCGUCGCAGUCGUCGCAGUCGUUCUCCCCCAACCUCUUCUCGCUGCCGCCGUCCGCGAGCGAGGCGAUCGACAGCGCGAGCAAGAGGGCGCUCGUGGGCGUGAAGGGCUUUCUGGAAAAGUGCGACGAGAACAUCAACGACCCGUGGCACGCCGAGGACGUGUGGCUCAUAUUCGUUUGGCACUGGCUUUCGGACGAGAAGCGAAGGAAAGCGUUCCACGCGUUUUUGCAAAACACGCUCAAGCCCGACGACGAGCCCCCGACGCCGUUCGAGGAGUCGUACUGGCACUUCGUGCACGGGCCCAUGAAGGUCAUCUUCGCGCUGUGGGUGACGCUGUAUAUGUUCGACAACCUCGCGUGGAUCGGACGUCUGCUCGAGCUCAGCGUCGGUUUACCGCAAAUUUUCGUGAAUCAGUUCGACCGAGGGAUGUACGCGCUCGCCGCCGGAUGCAUCGCGGGUCUCUCCGCGAACGAGUACUUCCCAAGGGUGCUGCGAUCGAAGUUCGGGGUCACGAACACGUCGACCGAGCUUCUUCUCACCAGAUUCGCGAUGGGCGUCAUCACGUUCACGACCGUUCUCGUCGCCGCGUUGCUCUUCGGUCUCCCGCCGAAGUCGUUGCUCGGGUUCGGAGGCAUCGGCGGUCUGACGUUCGGUUUAGCCGCGAAGGAUCUCAUAAGCAACUACCUCGGCGGCGUCAUGCUCGCGGUCAUGAAGCCGUUCAGCCCCGGAGAGAAAGUUUACCUCAUGCCCGUGAACGGACGGUUCCGAGGCACGAACGAGCCGGACGUCGGCGGUUACCUCGUGAAAGAGAUCGGGUGGUACCAGACCACGCUCAUCCCGAAAGACACGCGUCCGACGACGGUGCCGAACGGUUUCUUUCUCGGCUCGUCCGUGAUCAACAUAUCGCGGCAGACGCAGCGGGUCAUCGGCGGGGAGCUCAGGGUGAGGUACGACGACGCGGAGUGCAUACCUCGGCUCACGGAGGAGAUCGCGGAGUAUCUCCGGAAUCACCCGGACAUCGAGUCGAACUCGCGGCCGAUUCGCGUGCACAUGCGGACGCUGAUGAAGGACGCCUCGGACGGGUCUCUGCGCGUGCGGAUCGAGUGUCACUGCAACGUCGUGAAGAAGGACGCGUUUCUGAAGACGCAGCAGGCGAUAUUCAUGGACAUCUGGGCGAUUCAGAAGCGGCUCACGACCGGUCCGGCGUGGCCGGUGCUAGUAUCCCCGUCGGACUACAAUCCGCCGUGGGGAACCGGCGCCGCCGCGGGGGCGGCCGGCCGGUGACAGAAGGUAACGCCGCUGAUGCGAGCGUCACCACCACUGCAUGGAUCAUCUGGUUGGUUUUUGUUUUUGGUUGUUAUCUUUAUUGCAUCGUAGGCACGCCCGACGCGCUCGCUCGCUCGCGACGAUCGACCUCUCGUUCGAUCGCGUCACGUGAACACGCGCAUGGCGUCCCCGACGACGACCGCCCCCGGACCGCCCGCGCGCGCCUCCAGCGUCAACCCGCACGCCUCCCCGACCGCUCUCAACGCGUCCGCCGCGGCCGCGCCGUCGAACCCGCCCCCGAACCCCGGCCCCGAUCCGACGCCGCCGCCGCUCGGCGCGGGCAUCGCGACGACGCGACACGGCGUCCCCGCGAGCUCACACCGCGCGGCGACGGCGGCGCCGAGACCCGACAGCAGCGCGCCGCACGGCAGCGGACGCGGACGCGGACUU